CGCAUGAUCCUGAGGAACACUGCUGCUCUGAUUAAACCAAUUAUCACUUUAUUCUGAAGUCUGCGAAUACGCUGCUCCUUUAUGGACACAAACACUUGACACUUCCUCAAUUGCCUCUUUACCCCCUAAGUGUUUAGUGUUAUUUCUCCCUUCAGUCAUUUCAGCUCAUCACACAACCACAACAUUCAUUACACAUUACGUGUUUCUCGAUCGCCUCGUUGUCCUGUUUAUUUUCUACAUGUUCCGCCCCGCCCUGCAGACGCGCUGGUAUCACGCAGUUGCGUAAUUUGACAAGCGAAAAAUAGGGAGAAUGAACGUUUGACAGCUGGCUCUCUUGCUCGUACAGAUUGUUUCGAAACAAAACAAUACCUAUGCUUAAUUUAUUUGUCAACGAUUUCGGAUAGUUAGACUGUACCUCUGCUUUUAUGGCCGCUGCCGUGAGGAAUAACGUUUGGGUUGCUCCGGGGCAGGACGCGCAGUUUCUUCAUACAACCACCGCGCCACUGACAGCCGACGGUCUGAGAGGUGAAGAUCAUGGACAAGUGCUCUGUAACACGAGGGAUGCCAUCCCGGGGACUUCCUCUUUUCAUGAUUAUAAUUUGGGUAAAUCUGACAUGGACUACCUGUCUCCGCACCAACAGGACAUAAUGAAUUCCAAAAUGUUGUGCAGGGACAGCGCUCUGAUGCCAGAGCCGCCUUUCAGCGAGGACUUUGCCUCCCCGUACAGCGCCAACAUGAGCCUGCUCCUUCCUGACGUCCCAUACCUGCACCCUGGUCUCUGCAGGACUAUGAGACCGAUCAAAACAGAGCCAUCGCACUCUCUGAUGCACCCCAGCUGUCAGGGCAACAACGGAGGGCCACUAACACUCCCAGAAUACACAGGUGUUUUUAGUGCAGCCGACACAGCUAGCGGUACAUUUUUCAUCAAACAGGAAGUGCCAGAUUUCCAGGAUGUCCCCCUGUUUCAACUUUUGAACUCUGAUAUGGAGCAGCUCGUUCAUGGGUCACAGCUGAACUCCAUCCCCAUGGCCCCAUUAAGUCUUCUUAAGGAACCCCCCCGGAGCCCCCCCCAAAAAAAAAAAAAAAAAAAAAAAAAACCCCCCCACAAAAAUGAAUGUUUUCCAUUUAAUCAACACUUAGGCCAUCAGCAGAGACCAACCUAUUUGCCGCCCUCUCCGCCAAACUCUGAUCCCCCGAGUCCAGACAGGGGGAAGGAGCUUCUUCACAAUCUGUCCCCACCUCCUUCCUACGAAGCCAGCAUCGCCUCCAAGUUAACUUUUCAGACCCAUAAUCCCAUUGAUUCAGGACAGACUUCUAGUGUAGCUCCAAUCCAGUGCCCAGACCAGAAUUCCAAUCGUGGAUUAGUCCAAAGCCCAGGUCCUGCGACAGUCCAGCGUUCAAGCCUAACACCAGGUCAGAUGACGCCAGGUGUUGGCCCGCUGUCCCCGGUGUUGGCCCAGUCGGCUUCAGUUAGGAACAACAGAAGGAAUAAUCCUGAUCUGGAGAGACGGCGGAUUCACCACUGUGAUGUUCCAGGGUGCAGGAAAGUAUACACCAAGUCUUCUCAUUUAAAAGCCCAUCUACGGACCCACACAGGAGAGAAGCCGUACCAGUGCUCCUGGGAGGGAUGUGAGUGGCGCUUCGCCCGUUCUGAUGAGCUGACUCGCCAUUUCAGGAAACACACGGGGGUGAAGCCUUUCCAGUGUGGCGUGUGUAGCCGCUGUUUCUCCCGCUCUGAUCACCUGGCCCUGCACAUGAAGAGACACCAGAGCUAGAAAACCCUCUCAUGCAAAUCAAACCAACAUUUUUUUUUUUUUUUUUCAGUAAACAUGGACAAAGAACCAGCACUUACAUAUCAGCAAACAAACAAAUUAAAAACUGUGGAUUAUUUCACUCUCUCCCCAGUGGAGACAUUCUUAGCAGUGCUGGCCCACAAAUAAUUGUUUCUUUUAUUGUAAAAAGGUUAAAUAUUACUGUUGCCUUACUUUAUUUCCACAAAUAUGCCCCAAUAUUGGGGGACAUUUGCAAAGAUGUCAGUCAAAAAUCAUUAACCAAAUGUGAUAAUGAAAUAAUAUUCAACCUUUAUUUUCAUUGGAUUAUGUUGCACUGCGAAGUACAUGAACAACUUCAAGUGUCAAUAUUUUAUUUUCAAGUUUUUCAUUGUACAGAUCAUAUCAACAUGGUAUCGUGUCAUUUAUUAAAUUAACGUUAAUAGCAAACGGCCAUACUGUGAGUGCAGAUAUAGUACUGCUCUUAACUGGAAGGUCAAAGAAUAUGUUGUUUUAGUCAGCAGGUCAAAGGAUUGAUAGUGUGUGUUUAAUAUAGAAAGUAACAGCAGUUAGUUAAAGUUGUACGUAAAUAAGUUGGGGAUUUACUAAAAGACACAGUAGGAGGAAUAAAUAUUGGGAUGAGCGCUGUUUGCAAGCCGUGUGGUGAGUGCAGCGCUUACAGCAUGACUUUAACACUGCCAGAUUUAUGGGUCACUCUGCCACUGAGGAUAACUCAAAACAAAAUCUAUAUUUACUCGUAACACUGAAAUGAAAGGAAGAUAAUGGGUUUGAGAUAUUAAUCAUAUUUAUUUGGACAGCAUUAUGAAUGUUCUAUAUCUAUGCCCCCUAUACCGUAUGGUAACAUAUCGUCCUUACAGAAAGUGUUAAAUGUCUUUCAGGCAGUUGCAGAGAUAAAUCCAAAUGGUUCGUUGUUUGUUUUCUAUGGACUCUGCAUGAUUUUAUUUAAUUAUUGAAAAGAUUCUACGUAUUAUGUUGGGCUUGUUUUGUCCCAUGUUAAUUUCAGCCACGCAGCAAUGGUGGUUAAGAGAUUCGUGAUCAAACUAAAUGAAUAACUUUUGAGUACAGUGUGACAUUUCAGCAGCAGGUCAAAUUUAAACUCGUUCAUCUUUCGACUUUGUUUUGGUUGCAAAUUAUCUGAAGGAUUACCAUAUUACUGACGGUUUGUCUUCAUAAGUGGUUACAAAGUGAGCCUGAGAUUUCUUUCAGGCUUAGACUGGGCCCCUGCCAGUCUGAACAUCGGUGUAAGCUUUUUGGUUUCUUUGACUACUAUCCAUGUAUUCCAAUACCAUUUGAAAGUGCCUUUAACUACUUUUUUUGGACGAAUGAAAAACAAAGCUGCCCCGUUGGGACAAUGUUCUUUUAUCAGGUACUCUACUCUGCUUAAAUGAUUCUUUAUGUUGGCUGCCCCUCCUUAUUUCCACUCUAUAGCAAUCUCUAUUUAUGACCAAGUUUCUUUAUAAUUAGAGUCGGGUUGAACAAAUAAUUUGUUAAGAUGUUUAUAUUUUUUAUCUGGUGUUUAAGGAUACAAUCUGGUGAUUGUUGUUGUGUAUAAAGAUUUUAAACUUUUUUUUUUUAAUUGCAGAGACUGUUUAUUUUUAUUUUCUGGCUAAGACUAAGAAGGAUCAAAUUAUAGAGUAUUGUUACAGUCUACACUGUCAUCACUUUCUCCAGCCAAGAUAGCAGCUCAGUGGAGUAUGUGCCAGUGAAUUAUUGCAAUACUUUUAAAAUAUAUAUAUACACACAGAUAUUUUGACAUGAAAGGCGUAACAAUAUUUUGUGUCAUAGCUUCAUAACAUGAAGAUGUAGCCUAAAUUGAUAAAAUGUGCUAUGAAGCCAUGUGACCCUCAGUGCAAAUAAAAGUUUUGUGUUGAAUAUUU